AUGAUUCCCACAUUAGAAGCGUACGACAUUAGUCCAUAUUCAGGCUUUCUUCCAGCUGAACCACCCUUGGGGCGUUUGCCGCAGGGGUACUACCAACCAUGGGAAGAGGUAAUUGACAAAUUGGGACCAUACAUUAUGGGAAAGCGUAUUAGAGAAGUGAUCAACGAACUUCCACAACUCAGUAUAAACAAGUUGGAAAAUGAAAGAGAGAUGAGGAGAGCGUAUCAAGUAUUGACAUUUCUAGCGCAUGCCUACAUAUGGUGCGGCGAGCCGGUUGAGAAGUUACCUUCACAAAUAGCCGUUCCAUGUGUUAACGUAUCAAAGAUUUUGGGGCUCCCUCCUAUUGCAACUUAUGCUUCACUUUGUCUAUGGAACUUUAAGAAGAUUGACGAUCGUCGUGAAUUCAGUUUGGACAAUCUCACGACAAUAAACACAUUUACGGGUAGUAUAGAUGAAUCAUGGUUUUACCUAGUCCUGGUCUACUUUGAGAAAGAAGGUUCCUUCUCUCUUAAAGCAGGAUUAGACGCUUUAAACAAUGCACAGAACGGUCAGAUGAAGGAGGCAGUUCAAAAUCUUCAACUACUUGCUGAAUCUAUUGAUAUGCUUGGUUCAAUCUUGAUGCGUAUGGAGGAAAUGUGUGAUCCGCAUAUUUUUUAUUUUAGAAUUAGACCUUUUUUGGCUGGAUGGAAGAAUAUGGGUAGUGUGGGACUUGAGAAAGGGGUUUAUUAUGGAGAUGAAAAGACUCCGAGGAGUUAUGCUGGCGGGUCUAAUGCUCAGUCAUCGUUGAUUCAAUUUUUUGAUAUUAUUUUGGGUGUUUGCCAUCAUGCUACUGGUGAUCUCACUGCUGACAAUUCUUUUUUGAAUGAGAUGAGGGAAUAUAUGCCAAAGAAACACCGUGAGUUCCUUGAAGCUUUAGAGCCAUACACGUUCACAAUUAGGGAUUUUGUCAAAUCUCAACACGAUGAAGAGUUAACCUUGGCUUAUGAUGCAUGUUUGGCAAUGUUGAAAUCGUUUAGAGAUAAGCAUAUACAGAUUGUCACCAGGUUCGUUGUUCUCCAAGCAAAGAAGGUCAACAAGAUGGGUUCAGGGACCACUUUAAGAUCAGGAUUAGCUAGAAAGAAACAAGGAGAAGAGAAAGGAACGGGUGGCACAUCCCUUCUCCCCUUCUUGAAGCAAUGCAGAGACGAAACAGGUAAUGCUGCUGCAGGUAGUUGGGGUAAAAGAAUUCUCACAGACGGUAUGCUUCGUCUAAAGUAUUCUAAAUCUAAUGGUGUCAACGAGGAUUAA